GACAUUCACAAGAGGCGAAGACAACAACUUGCACAGAGAAAUCAGUAGACUUCCAGUUUUCACUCUCAGUAGCAGCCGUACGACUUAGUUCCCUCAAAGUUUACGCUUGUGCAGAAGGAGAAAAAGCAAGUUAAAAACUUCAAAAUACGGGGCUGUUUGUUUCAUCCCUGAAGGCCAACAGCUCAUCCUCUUUGGAACAAGCUUUUGCUUCAUGAUGAGUGUGUCCCAGACAAUAGAGACGGAGGAAGAUAUCCUGACUUGUCUCCACAUCAAGCUUUACCAUCCCCAGCAGAGCUGUAAGGGACUUUAUGGAUUGCUUCCCGUGGGGUACAGGAGAAAACAUUUUGCAGAUGACCCUCUCAGGCUGGGACGCGAUGCUCAAGCCUGCACCUUCGCCCUGGUCGAUGCGCGGGUGUCACGCAAACAGUUGGCCCUCCAUGCCUACCGAACACCCCAGAGCCCGGACAUGCUGUUCACCAUACAGAACUUGAGCCAGAGGGGUCGACUGUCAGUAAACAGCUCAGCACUGGAUUACCUGGAAAGAAUGGACCUCCCAGACAAGGCCCUGAUCCGGUUCGGAGAGUAUGAGAUGCUGAUCGUCCGAGAGUCUGGCGAGGCCAAGGGCAGCUUCGAGGUGGAGUUUGAGGUGCUGGCAGUGCCUCCGUCCAGAGAGACGUGCAUGUGUGUGACCAGUGUGACACCUGUCAUGGACACAGGCUCAAGUAUGUUGAGAAGUUUCCCAGCUGAAAUCACAGCACACGGGCCCCUAGAGACUGAUGAGACUCUCAUGUGUCAUUCAUGAUGAAACACUCCUGCUGUGUUAGAUGCUGUGACUUUUUACUUUAUUAACUUUACAACUUGUAUUACGGUGUAGUUGUUACAUUUGAGUUCAAGUAGGCUUAGAUAAGAUACCUCUUUGUAAUGUGAAAUGAUAGUAUUAUUUUGCACCCCAUGUCUAUUACUCUAUGUGUACAUAUUAAAAUGCUGUCAUCUUACUAACGCCCACUUUUAGUUCUAAUGCUAUAAAGAAUCACAGCUAUUUGUUCCUAAAUUUUCAAUCUGUGCACAUUAAAGCAUUUGUUUUGUUAACAUC